GGAGAAAAUUAGAGAGAGGUUAAAGUCACUCAUCGUCAAACGAUAGGACUCCUCUCAGUCGUCUCCUGCUGCUUUUCAUGGCACUUCGAUGAGAGCUUGAGAGAAGUCCUUUUAAAAUUUUCGAUAUUUAUACAGAGGAUGCAUAUGCUAAGAUUUGACUUGGGCUAUGAUCGUGAUGUGUCACCUCCAAGCGUAUGCGAGUGAGUGGAUGAACUAGAAAGGUUUGAUAAAAGAACAACAUGGAUCAAGUAAAUGGUUAUGAACAUGUUCGGUAUACUGCCUCUGAUUCUAGAAAUGAGGGGAUUGGCUCUAUGAAUCAAAGAUUUUCCAAUGAUUCUUCAACUAACGUUAACACCAAUGUACGACCUCCUGAUUACGGUGUUGCGACCCCUGCUCGACCUGUGCAGAACUACUCCAUACAGACUGGUGAAGAGUUUGCUUUUGAGUUUAUGCGAGAUAGGGUGAUUAUGAAACCGCAAUUCAUCCCAAAUGUGUACGGUGACUCCAGUGGUAUUCCUAUGGGGAUGGUUCAUCCGAUGUUGGAGACGGGCUCUAACACCACAAUGCUUAACGGAGAAGAAAAAUGCCAUACUUUUGAGCAAGAGAGGAAACCCUCUUCUAGAACUGAAGAUAAAAGCUGUUAUGAGCUGGUCCAGUCAGCCCCGGUUAUAUCUUCAAGAAAUGAAUCUGGUCAAAGGCUUCAUAUUUCUUCUAGAGCUUCUGAUAGCUCUUUGAAUCAGGCAAAAUUCUUGUGUAGUUUUGGUGGUAGAAUCAUACCCCGCCCCAGGGAUCAGAAACUUAGAUAUGUAGGCGGUGAAACGCGUAUCAUACGGAUUAGCAAGACUAUAUCUUUCCAAGAACUCAUGGACAAGAUGACAGAAAUGUUCGCUGAAGCACGUAUUAUAAAAUAUCAGCUGCCAGGCGAGGAUCUUGAUGCCCUAGUCUCUGUAUCUUCUGAUGAGGAUUUGCAAAAUAUGUUGGAGGAAUGUAAUGUGUUUGGUAAUGGAGGAUCUGAGAAGUCCAGGAUGUUCUUGCUUUCAAGCAGUGACUUAAAGGAGGAUCAGUUGGGUAUGGAAGCUGCAGAGGGUGAUUCUGAGGUUCAGUAUGUUGUUGCUGUCAAUGGGAUGGGUCUAAGUUCACGAAAAGGUCCCCUUGGUGUAAUUGCUUCAGCGAACAAUUUGGAUGAACAAGUUGAAGACAGGAAUAGGGAGAUCAGUCGAGCUAUCACAGAACCAGCAGUAGGCUCGGUUACUCCCUUGGCAGGUAAUGAAUCUUUAUCAGCGAGCCAAAUUUCUCAACCUGUAACAGAUUUUUCUACUGGAAAUGAGACUUUUUCACAGCCUUAUCUAGGACAGCAGUUCACAGGACUUGGUAACCACCAAGUUUACACGUCAGCUCACAUGGCAAGCAUAGGCUAUAUAGAUGAGAAGGGGUCUGCUCCUUUACAGGUUCAACCACAGCCACAUUAUAUCCCUUGUUCUGUGAAUCCUGGAACAUCGCUUGAAAGUGUGGUGGCUCACUACUAUCCACAUAAGCCUGAGCAAGGAGUUUUGCAUGAUGAGCAGAUCUUUUAUGUACAACAUCCAGAAACUUCACUAAAAGAAGCCAAAAUGAGAAGAGAUGACUCAUUUAAGAAGGUGAAUGAUCCUGCUAAUGUUUCUACUAUCGAGACCAAUCUUUCAGCAAAGGAGCCAAAUAUGAGGAGAGAAUCCUCAACUCGGGUUAGUGAGUAUUAUGUUUCCUCUGUAUCUGGUGAUUUGAUAGUUCCUGAUCAAGACCUGAAGAAAGAAGCUCUGGUUGCCACACAGAUAUCCGAUUCAACACCAGAUCAGAGCACCUCAGCUUGUCCAGAGAAAAGUCUUAGAAAAUCCCAAGACCAUGUUGAGAACAAUCUUUCAACAAAGGAGCCAAAGCUGAGGAAAGAACACUCCACCACAAGGGUCAGUUCCAUAUCAUCUGUAUCUAGUGUUUCUGUGGUCCCAGAUCAUACUCUCAAGGAAGAAGCUCCUAAUUCCAUGCAAUCGUCCAAUUCAACACCAGAUCCAAGUUAUUUUGUUUAUCCCGAAAAAAGAAGUCUUAAAACAUCCCAGGAAUAUGUUACAAAAACGGCUGCCUUAGAUACAACAUGUGAAGGGAAAAUCAAUCAGGACAGUCAGUUUUGUCUGCCUGGAGGCUUCUCUGCAUCUGUGCUUGUUACUUCAGAUGGUGAUUCAUCUAAUGUGAGUAAUGUUGACCAGCCUGGGAUUCAUCAAAGGGUUUUUCAUUCUGAGCGCGCACCACCCGAUACAGAAGAAGCUAACCGUUUGUCUAAAUCUGAUGAUUCCCUUGGUUCUCAUUUUGUAAUGGCUAAAUCAACUUCAGAUCCAUUCCUGCCAAUCAGCGAAUCAGCUGAAACUUUUCAUGAAGCAAAUAUGGAGUCCCAAAAUGUUCAUUCUAGCGCACCAGUAAGAUCAGCUCCUGAAAGUCUCUGGACAGCCGAGGGUAGUAUCUCACAGUCUGAAAAAAUAAAUUUGGAACCUAACGCCACGGAGUACCUAAGUCAGUCAGAGACUUCAGUCAAUCCUGUUCCACGAGGACAUAUUGAGAACGAAGAUAUAGUUGUUGAUAUAAAUGAUAGUUUUCCUCGUGAAUUUCUUGCUGAUAUAUUGAAAACGAAAGAGUUUCUAAACUUCCCUGGAUUGGGGCCAUUGCAUACUGAUGGAGCUGGAGUGAGUGUAAAUGUUCAGAAUCUUGACCCUAAAAAUUGGUUAGCGCAGGGUGAGUUUGAGAGGAAGGAUCUAUCUCUGAUGGAUCAGGAUUACCCUGGAUUUCCCACUUCCCUGACUAACACCGAUGGAGUACCUAUUGAUUAUAGCUACCCACCAUUGCAGUCUGCAAAAGUUGCUCCAACUCAAUUAAAUCCUCAAGUCCAUUUUGAUGGGAAUGUCCAGACGCAUGUCUCUACCACUGCCGUAGCUGAUUCGAGCACAGUAGAUACACAAGAAGAUUACGGCCAGCCUCAGUUCAAAGCUGCUGAAAGUACAGAUGCAAAUGUGAAUACUGGAGUUCCUCUUAUUGACCUUAUUGCUGAGGACAGUGACAACAGGUCUCUGCAGGUCAUUAAAAAUGACGACUUGGAAGAACUUAAGGAACUAGGCUCUGGUACCUUUGGAACUGUUUAUCACGGAAAAUGGAGGGGUACAGAUGUUGCUAUCAAGAGAAUUAAAAGUAGCUGUUUUAUUGGUCGUUCAUCUGAGCAAGAGAAACUGAUCUCGGAGUUCUGGCAUGAAGCUGAAAUUCUUUCCAAGUUACAUCAUCCAAAUGUUAUGGCAUUUUACGGCAUAGUGAAGGAUGGGCCAGGAGGAACUUUAGCUACAGUGACAGAGUACAUGGUCAAUGGAUCGCUUAGACAUGUUCUGCUCAGCAACAGGCAGAUAGAUCGACGUAAGCGACUUAUCAUUGCAAUGGAUGCAGCUUUUGGAAUGGAAUAUUUGCACUCAAAGAACGUAGUGCAUUUCGAUUUGAAGUGUGACAACUUGCUUGUCAACUUAAAGGAUCCAGCCCGUCCCAUAUGCAAGGUAGGUGAUUUUGGUCUGUCAAAGAUAAAAAGAAACACUUUGGUUAGUGGCGGUGUAAGGGGAACCCUCCCUUGGAUGGCUCCCGAGCUACUUAGUGGCAGCAGCAGCAAAGUUUCUGAAAAGGUGGAUGUGUUCUCUUUCGGAAUCGUCUUGUGGGAAAUUCUUACCGGUGAGGAACCCUACGCCAAUAUGCAUUACGGAGCAAUCAUCGGAGGCAUAGUGAACAACACACUGAGACCAACCGUACCAAGCUACUGUGAUCCAGAAUGGAGGAUGCUGAUGGAGCAGUGUUGGGCUCCUGACCCAUUUGUUCGACCUUCCUUCUCAGAGAUAGCCAGGCGUCUCCGUACCAUGUCCUCUGCGAUUUUAGAGUUUCAAGGUGUGAAAAUAUUGUUUUGA